CGUGUACCCACAUUUGAAAAGGCCGGGCCCUGUAUGCCGAUCGCUCUGCCUCCCGACCCCCCCUGGGUAGCCUUCCCCGCGACUGACUGACCCUGGGCACCGCGGUCACCUUCCCAGGAGAGCAGUCGCCGCCGGCAACGCGAGGGAGCCGUGAUGCUGCAGAUGCUCUGGCAGUUUCUGUCCAGCUUUCUCCCCGGGGCCGGGGCCGGGUGCCAAGGCUCCAGAGAGGGGAGCGAUCAGCAAGCCCCCGGCACCCCACCUCCACCUCCACCUCCAGCGCGGGGAGAUGCAGGACCGAGCUUUUUGGGGAAACAGGACGGAAGGGCUGAGGCAGCAGAAAAGAGACCCACUAUUCUGCUGGUGGUCGGACCUGCAGAGCAGUUUCCCAAGAAAAUCGUCCAAGCUGGUGAUAAAGACCUGGACGGCCAGCUAGACUUUGAGGAGUUUGUCCACUACCUCCAGGAUCAUGAGAAGAAGCUGCGGCUGGUGUUUAAGAGUUUGGACAGAAAGAACGAUGGCCGAAUUGAUGCUCAGGAGAUCAUGCAAUCCCUGCGGGACCUGGGAGUCAAGAUUUCUGAACAGCAGGCCGAGAAAAUCCUCCGGAGAAUUCGGACGGGCCAUUUCUGGGGCCCUGUCACCUACAUGGACAAGAAUGGCACGAUGACCAUCGACUGGAAUGAGUGGCGUGACUAUCACCUCCUGCACCCUGUGGAGAACAUUCCCGAGAUCAUCCUCUACUGGAAGCACUCCACGAUCUUCGAUGUGGGUGAGAAUCUGACUGUCCCAGAUGAGUUCACCGUGGAGGAGAGGCAGACAGGGAUGUGGUGGAGACACCUGGUGGCUGGAGGAGGGGCAGGGGCCGUGUCCAGGACAUGCACUGCCCCCCUGGACAGACUGAAGGUGCUCAUGCAGGUCCACGCUUCCCGCAGCAACAACAUGUGCAUCGUGGGUGGCUUCACACAGAUGGUCCGCGAGGGAGGCGCCAAGUCCCUGUGGCGGGGUAAUGGCAUCAAUGUCCUCAAGAUCGCCCCCGAGUCGGCCAUCAAGUUCAUGGCUUACGAACAGAUCAAACGCCUCGUGGGGAGUGACCAGGAGACGCUGCGCAUUCACGAACGGCUUGUGGCUGGGUCCCUGGCGGGGGCCAUCGCCCAGAGCAGUAUCUACCCCAUGGAGGUCCUGAAGACCCGGAUGGCCCUGCGGAAGACCGGCCAGUAUUCGGGCAUGUUGGACUGUGCCCGGAAGAUCAUGGCUAAGGAAGGCAUGACAGCCUUCUACAAGGGCUACGUCCCCAACAUGCUGGGCAUUAUCCCCUACGCCGGCAUUGACCUGGCCGUGUACGAGACGCUCAAGAAUGCCUGGCUGCAGCGCUACGCCGUGAACAGUGCCGACCCCGGCGUGUUUGUGCUGCUGGCCUGUGGCACUGUGUCCAGCACCUGUGGUCAGUUGGCCAGCUACCCUCUGGCCUUGGUCAGGACCCGGAUGCAGGCCCAAGCUUCUAUCGAAGGCGCUCCAGAGGUGACCAUGAGCAGCCUCUUCAAGCAUAUCCUGCGGACUGAGGGGGCCUUUGGCCUGUACCGGGGGCUGGCCCCCAACUUCAUGAAGGUGAUUCCAGCUGUGAGCAUCAGCUAUGUAGUGUACGAGAACCUGAAGAUCACCCUGGGUGUGCAGUCGCGGUGACGGGCCAGGGACUCGCUGAGCCUGGACACUGCGCCCGGGCGUGCAGCAUCUCAUUCUGUGAAUGUGCCAACACUAAGCUGGUGAACCGAGCUGUGGGUGCCCGGCCAGGCCUGCUGCACUGGGUCCAGCAAGACCCAGGCCACUGGUGUGGGGACAGACAUUUGCAGUCUGUCCUUCUGCCUGUGCCCACUCUGCUUCCUUCCUUGCUGCUGUUUCUCUGCACCCCUCUCCUGAAGGGAGGGAGCUCCACUUGCCCUCCACCCCCUGGCUUCCUGAGGCUGUUCAGGGAAAGAGGGGGGCCUGAGUUCCAUGCUCCCUUCGUCUGAACCUGGCAGCAGAUGGGACCAUGAUGUGGUGGCAUGGAUAGGGAGGGGUGGCAAGGCCCAGCCUGCUCUUGGCUGCCCUGCCUGGCUGCCCUGGCGCAUGGCUUUCCAAAUGGCUGGGACUGGCACUGGGGGCCUUGGUUUCUUCCCGCAGGCAUGGCCCCAGCACAGAAACAGCCUGACCCUGCUCAGGCAGGAGGGCCGCCGAUGAGGCAUUGUGCCCUGUGUGCCCUGGCCCAAAAAGGGGGGAGGAUCUUCCCGCGCACUGCCGAAAAGGGUUUUGUCCUGGACAUUGGGCCCACAAGUGUGUGAGCUGUAUGCCUCGGGAGGGGGAGCAGGCUGGGCCAGCCUGGAGUUCAGCCUCACAUUCCACCACGCAGCCCACCACUGCUUGGAGCCUAUUUAUUUCAUAUUUAUUUGAACAGAGUUACGUCCUAUUUUUAUAGAUUUGUUUAAUAGCCUGUCAUUUUCAAGUUCGUUUUUUUUUAUUCGUAUUUAUGUUUGUGCUUGAUUGCACCUUUCCAGCGCCUGUGGAUUGGGGGUAGGUGGUGGGGGAAUCACCUUCCUGCCCCCUCAGCUUCACCGAGUGUCAUGGCAGCAGGGGGGUCCCACCCAGGAAAGGCAGUCCUGAGGCGGGUUUGGGGUGGGGAGCGUGGGAGGUUGGCACCUAGAAGUGAGACCAUCAUCCUGGGAACCUACGGUCAGGAUCUGAGGCGGCGGGUGAUGGCCUUGAAAAGAAGCAGCCAGCUCCUCCUGUGGGGGGCCCUCUAGCUGCCCGCUCGCCCCUGCUCCCCCGCUGGCGGACGCUGAGGCAGGAUGUGAUCAGCGCAAACCAAAACAACUGGAACUUGUGCAAAGCAGAUUAAGACUUGGAAACAAUCUCGAACAGCUUCUAAUAAAGUUGUUUCAAAGCUGA